AUGCGCAAAAAGUCUGUUGGGAAGUCAUUUCGAAAGAUCAACCUCGCCAGCACGGAUGACUUUGGCCCCAAAAAUGACAAGAUUAGGCUCUGGGUCAUCAACAAUGGAGGUACUUUUUCCACGCAGCUGAACGACGCAGUUACACACUUGGUGUGUUCCAAGAAGGCAUGGAAGAGUUACCCUGACAUUGUGCGGGACGCUCGAAGACAGCAUGUCAAAGUGAUCAGCCUCGACUGGCUUGAAGACUCGCUGCUUUCAUCCAGCAGGCGCCCCAAGCCGGAGAAGGAGUACGAGUGGGAAACUAUCAAAAGAAGACAGCAUGAAAAGGAGCAAGCGAUACAGAUCAAGAAAGAUAACGCCAUCAAGGAAGCGAUUGCCAAAUUUGACGAGCAUUGCAUCGAUUUUGAGGCCCAAAUGCAGACAAGUGGCUACCACCCGUAUACAGAUGCUGAUGGCUUCUGCUAUUCCAUCAUUCUCGUCCGAACAUUUCUUCUCGAAAAUCGCUUGGAAAAGCUCACCUUGAAGGUCAGACAACCCUCUACGCCAAGAACCAACUGGCCUGCAACGUCUUUGUACCCAUGUCCCCUACCUAUGUAUCUGUUUCCAGUGUCAGCUGGUCUGUCAUUGCACCCUGUUAUUCGCUACCCAGACUGCUUUCCAUCCAACCCCCCUUUGAAGGUCCCGAUCGUCAGACCAUGGGCUCAAGUUCUGCAGCUUUUCGAAUCCGACGCUAUUCCUCAUACCUACGCUUGCUACGUCAAGUAUACACGAAAGGGAGCUUCUGGGCGAGAGGUCCUGGCAAUACCUGGCAGUACCUGGGAAGUAGCCUUCGAUGCGUUCAGGAAGUUCUUCAAGACAAAAACAAGAAAGGACUGGAACGACCGACUAGACGGGAAGCCAGUGCCAAUCAGUAGCGAUGGGAAUGCCGAUGACCCUUUUCGAUACGAGCCUCCUCAAGGUCGCCAUGAACCCCGGGGCUUGGUGGAGGGAAAGACGAGGCUGGAAAGGGCCAAUGGGAUUAGACCAGACGGAGACGACAGUGUCACCAUGAUUGUGCCAACAAUCGAGAUUAGCGAUGAUGACGAUGUGGGGGAAGAGAGCCAUAUGGACCCGCACGCAUGUACUUCUCCGAGAACGGGCUGGUAG